GUGAACACGAGUUUCCCCUUUAAACUGGUGUAGAUUAGGACCCAGGGAAGACUGGGCUCUGGAAGUGGGACAGUGGAGUGUGUGUCUAUUUGAAAGCAAAAAAACACAAUCACACACAAUACAAUGUGUGACUGUCACUGCCAUACACUGCACAGGACAGGAAUGAGAGAGAGGAGAGAGGAAGCAUCAUUGACCAUCUAAAAUCAUCAUGGAAUCAGUGAUCAGCACUUGUUUGAUUGGAGAUAUGCACCUGUGAUAAGUCUAGACCUCUGGAGCCAAAGAAGAACCAAACUUCAACUGGACUUGAUAACAUGGAUUUUCAGUUGACUACAAAUAAAACUGGGCUUCCUCUGGUUUGGGCCUAAAUAAACUUACGUGGGAUUUCAACAGGCGCUUUGUCGAGUCAGAGACCUGGUUAACCUGUUUGGUCUGAACUGACUGAACCACACAAACAGAGGGUGGAUCAUGGGUAAGACAUCCACAUAUGAAAACGUCUGAGAUACAACUGGAGGAAGUUGUGAAUGAAUAAUGGCCGACAAGACCGAUUCCAUGAGAUCAAAUCGCACCACUGCCCUAUGGGAGGCCAAUCCUACGGUUCCUGCCGAUGUGGGUGUCGUCACAAGCUCCCAGUCACAGAUCAAAGACCUUUUUGGGUUGUUCUGCAUGGUGACCCUUAACCUCAUUGCUUUAUUGGCCAACACUGGUGUGAUGGUGGCCAUUGCUCGUGCUCCUCACCUGAAGAGGUUCGCUUUUGUGUGUCACCUUUGUGCAGUGGAUCUGCUGUGUGCCAUCCUCCUCAUGCCUUUGGGUAUCAUAUCCAGCUCUCCCUUUUUUGGCACCGUGGUGUUUACUGUUCUGGAGUGUCAGGUUUACAUCUUUCUCAAUGUUUUCCUCAUCUGUCUUUCCAUUCUCACCAUCACAGCCAUCAGUGUGGAGCGUUACUUCUAUAUUGUACACCCCAUGCGAUAUGAAGUCAAGAUGACCAUCAACCUCGCUAUUGGUGUCAUGCUCCUAAUCUGGGUUAAAUCAGCCCUCUUAGCUUUGGUCACGCUGUUUGGAUGGCCAGCUUAUGGACAUCAGAGCUCUAUUGCUGCAGCUCACUGCUCUCUCCAUGCGAGCCACAGUCGUCUAAGAAGUGUGUUUGCUGUGCUCUUCAGUGUGGUCUGUUUCCUGGUUCCUGCAGUGGUUAUCUUUGCUGUUUACUGUGCCGUGUACAAGGUUGCUCGUUCUGCAGCCCUGCAGCAAGUCCCUGCUGUGCCAGCGUGGGCAAAUGCGAGCCCUGCUAAGAAUCGCUCGGACUCCAUCAACAGCCAGACCACCAUGAUCACCACCACCCGCACUCUGCCCCAAAGACUAUCACCAGAGAGGGCCUUCAGUGGCGGCAAGGCUGCCCUUACUUUGGUAUUCAUUGUGGGCCAGUUCUUGGUUUGUUGGUUGCCCUACUUCAUCUUCCACCUGCAAAUGUCUCUGACUGGCUCCAUGCAGAGCCCCGGGGACUUAGAGGAGGCAGUCACCUGGCUGGCCUACUCCUCCUUUGCAGUUAACCCGUUCUUCUACGGCCUAUUAAACAGACAGAUCAGAGAAGAGCUGGUAAAGUUUCGACGCUGCUGCUUGACCCAGCCGGUGGAGUUCGGGGCAUCCAGCCAUGAGGGCUCCCUUCAGGAGAACUUCCUCCAGUUCAUCCAGAGAACCACCAGCACAGCUGAAACCCUGUCCAGCUGUGCCAACUCCCGUCCCAAAAACAUUACAGACCAGGGGAUAAAGAUCCCUGGACAAAUACCUGAGGAGCACGCUUAGACAUUGACCAACAUGAGUUGGUCAAUGUCUAAGCGUGUUAAUAUAUAGGCCAUGUCAGUUUUUUUAUGUUUGCGAGCCACUUUUAGUCUAUCUUAAAACAAUACUGACAAUAUGUACAUUCAAAUGAUUAUUGGUUGCUAGGACUGGGUAUACCUUUAAGGUAUAGACCGAAAUUACCCAAUACCAAGUAGUAUUGAAACUUCUCCAGUCAAACAAUAUCUGCAUUCGAUCCUUUUUGUACCCAGAUCUAGAAAACAAUUACUAUUUGUAUGGUUUUGCUCAUAGCCAAUCACCGCAACCGUUCUUCAAUUUAAUGAGAUGUGUGAAUGGCCUACUGCCGCAGCUACAGCUAGCACCUAGCAGCUACAUACAGUCUGUGGUGGUGAAGUCGAGCGCGAUAUAUUUGACGAAAUUGGCAGUUCAGCGUACCGAAAAAAAAGUAUAUUGAAUGAAGUACUCUAUUAGUAUCGGUAUCACUUUAAGGUACUGGUAUUGGUCCUGGUAUCGUAAUUGUUUUAACACUACCUAGCCCUAUCGGUUGCCGUAAUCAUUCCUCCUGUCCAUACUGGCUACAAAGAGAUCCCUUUUUAAAAGAAAUUUCAGUGUAAGCGAUGGGGGACAAAAUCCACAGUCAUUAUUUUGUGCAAAACUCCCCACUUGAUUCGGAUAACUCAAUCUGCUGAAGCCUUAUAUUAUCUUCAGCUGAAUUUAAGGAUGGUUUUUUGCACAGAAAAAUGACUGGAUUCUGUACCUCAACACUAGACUUGAAAAAAUGUGAACCUAUCCUUUAAAUACACCCAGUGCCUUUUAUUGUCUAAUUCAGGUAGGCUUUCUCAUUUUAGGUCAAGGUGCUAUGGCUGUACUGUAACAUGAAAUAUUGAAACUGCAAUAAAUGUUCCCCAGUGCAUAUUUUCCAUCCAUAUUACAAUUGGCCUGAUUUUAAUGACAUUUGUAGAACUGUUUUAUCUUUAUAAAUGUGAAAAUCUGGAGUGUAACUACAAUAGUCAUGACUGGAUGGAUGUUUAAAUAUUUUAUUGUAUUUAAUUAGGAACCAUUUGUAUUACAUAUGAAUAUGAGUUGGUUCCGCAUGUAUUAUUUUUUAAUGUCAAUAACAAUAAAUAUAUUCAAAUAUUAUA